GUAAAUGUAAUAAUAAGUAAUCACACACAAGUCAAAACUUUGAUUUUUCUCGCAAAUGUGACAACAAUGGAUCUCACAUUUGUGCGCAGAAUCAAUGCCUUUGUCCUUGUAUUCCACGUUCUCUGAGAAGUAAGGAUAGGAUAGAAUCAUAGAAGAGAGAGAGAGAGAGGGAGAGAGUUUUUGGAGCAAAGAUUCAGCGACAGACGAACCAUGAAAACCCACUUUGAAAACAGGUAGUUUCCGAAAAGUGAAAUCCAUUUUGUGCUUCAUUUUUGAUCAUUUGGUUGAUGGGUAUUAAGGAAUUAGCUUCAUAACCCCAAAAGAUCUGAUUUUUAUGCAUAACCCAGUUGACUAAAAGUCGUGUUAAACUUUUUGGUGGUUCUAAGUUCUGUUCUCUCUCUCUCUCUCUCUCUCUCUCUCUCUCUCUCUCUCUGUGGAUGGGUGAAGAGGGAAUGGUCAGUGAUGACAACAAUACUGCUGUGAAAAAAAAUCCAAAACUUACAGUGCUGCCUCUUAUAGCUCUAAUUUUCUAUGAGGUUUCUGGGGGUCCUUUUGGAGUAGAGGAUUCAGUCAAGGCUGGAGGAGGCCCUCUUUUGUCUUUGCUUGGUUUCUUAAUAUUCCCUUUAAUUUGGAGCAUUCCUGAAGCUUUAGUGACAGCUGAGCUUUCCACAAGCUUCCCUGAAAAUGGUGGAUAUGUUAUUUGGAUAUCAUCAGCUUUUGGGCCUUUCUGGGGGUUCCAAGAGGGAUUUUGGAAAUGGUUUAGUGGGGUUAUGGACAAUGCUCUUUACCCAGUUUUGUUCCUCGAUUACUUGAAGCAUUCAUUUCCAAUCUUCAACCAAUUGGCUGCCAGAAUUCCAGCUCUAUUAGGAAUUACAGUUUCAUUGACUUAUUUGAAUUAUAGAGGCCUGCACAUUGUUGGGUUUUCUGCAGUUACCCUUGCAGCUUUCUCUCUUUGCCCAUUUGUGGUGAUGGGUAUUCUUUCAAUUCCCCGAAUAAGGCCUAAGCAGUGGCUAGUUGUAGAUUUUAAAAAGUUGGAUUGGAGGGGAUACUUCAAUAGUAUGUUUUGGAAUUUGAAUUAUUGGGAUAAGGCAAGUACUCUUGCAGGUGAGGUGGAAAAUCCGAGCAAGACGUUUCCAAAGGCGCUUUUUGGGGCUGUGGUUUUGGUGGUUUUAUCGUAUUUGAUUCCACUACUUGCAGGAACAGGUGCUACAAAUUCUGCACCUAGUGAGUGGAGUGAUGGUUAUUUUGCAGAAGUUGGGAUGUUGAUAGGUGGCUACUGGCUCAAGUGGUGGAUACAAGUAGCUGCUGCAAUGUCUAACAUGGGCUUAUUUGAAGCAGAAAUGAGUGGUGAUGCCUUCCAACUUCUUGGGAUGAGCGAGAUGGGAAUGCUUCCAGCUAUAUUUGCUUCAAGAUCAAAGUAUGGGACGCCCACCAUUAGCAUUUUGUGCUCUGCUACUGGAGUUAUCUUCUUGUCGUGGAUGAGUUUUCAGGAAAUCUUGGAAUUUCUUAAUUUCUUAUAUGCUAUAGGAAUGCUUCUUGAGUUUGCUGCUUUUAUAAAAUUGAGAAUAAAGAAGCCAGAUCUUCAUAGACCUUAUAAAGUUCCAUUGGGAACAUUUGGGGUGACAAUGCUUUGCUUGCCUCCUGCAUUGAUGCUUGUUCUUGUUAUGUGCUUGGCCUCUUUGAAGACAUUUUUAGUCAGUGGUGCAGUAAUAAUCAUAGGGUUUUUACUGUAUCCUACUUUAGUUCAUGCAAAGGAUAGGAAAUGGACACAAUUUGAUGCAGAACAACCUCCCUUGCCUAUUAAUAACUCUAUGGAAGACCAUUUAGAUGAGUCACACUCACAACUGCAUCGAGAAGUUCAAGGUGAGGCUUCGGUUGGUCUUCUUUCAAACUUGUCAAAUAGUACGACAAAACAAGAAUCAUCUGAAAUUUUAUUGGAAGAAGACUUGAAAUCAGACUAGGAGGUGACGACCUUGGCGUACUUAUGUACUAUGGGUAUAGGUAACUUAACUUUCACAGGUUCACUGAUUUACAGAAGAAUGUAUUGUUCAUGUUGCUUACUAUUCAUUAUUCUAGUAAACGCAACAAUUUGUAAAAGUAUUUGUGGUCUUGGUAAAUAAAUCUAUCUAGGCAAACUUUCCGCAUUUUUUAGGGAAUCAAAUCUAUAAUGGUUCAUUUGGAUUUGGAUGGAAGUAUUUAAAUAGAAUGAUCUAAAUUUUAGUUUUUA